UACAUGAUAAACUGCGAUAAACACAACAAGGCCUGGAUACGGGACAAGCCUGCCCAAUACAUCGAACAGGAGCUUUAUAUUUUCACAUGAAACAGCUUGGUUAUUACAUAACUGUGUAUCAGUCUGGUGAAACCAUUCACCGCGUCAGUCUGUGUGUCGGCCGAGAUAUACCUCAAAGCAUAAGCUUUGAAAGGACGAUUGUAACCUUGACCCCCGUUUGAGACCGGUUAGGAGUGAGCGUGCGAACAUGUUGUGGAAAGGCAAGCCUUUACAUCUGCCAUGUGUUUCUUUGGGGACAUUCAUGACGGAAAGGUUCGAUCAGCUUGGAGAAAAGGUUGCCUUGGUCGACUCGAACACUGGCCGUUCCAUGUCGUACCGCGAGCUCUCGGCCACUAUCCGACGUCUGGCACGUGGGCUUAGUAACCUCGGAUUCAAGAGAGGCGACGUUCUCUGUAUCUUCUCCCCGAAUGUCAUCGAAUAUCCAAUCGUGUUCUACGCAGUUGCCUCCCUUGGUGGUGUACUACAAGCGACCAACCCGCUCUACAAUGCAGAUGAACUCAAACACACCUUCGACAUCUGUAAGAGCAAGUUCCUUCUGACCCUACCGGACAUGCUGCCAGUUGUCAAACAGGCCCAGGGUCACACCAUCCAGAAGGUUAUCGUGCUGGGUAAGGCUGAAGGGUGUGUCAGUUUCUCCUCUCUCAUCACGUCCGAUAUUUCCGAUGCACCAAUCAGCGACCGAGGCAUCGACCCGAAGAACGACGUCACGGCAAUCUUAUUUUCUAGUGGCACGACCGGAAAACCAAAAGCGGUGCAGAUAUGCCACUAUGCAAUGACGUCCAACGUGCUACAAACAUUGGAGCCGGGAAACCUGACUGACAAAGACUCCUACGUGACGUUCCUACCCUUCUUCCACAUCUAUGGACUUGGUCCUAUCAUCUCCGCCGGCUUGUACAGCGGGGCCAAGAACGUGGUCAUGUCCAGGUUCGAGAUCCACGAGUACCUGCGCAACAUACAGGAACACAGGGCAACCGUGCUGCACCUGGUGCCCCCGGUGAUGGUUCUGCUGACCACCCUGCCUGCUGCAAGACAGUAUGACCUGAGUAGUGUCCACCGAGUCAUCUGUGGAGCAGCGCCCCUCAGUCAGGACAUCGAAGGGAAGAUUCUAAAGAUAUUCAACAUCAAGCAUGUAACACAGGGCUUCGGAAUGACAGAAUGUUUGGUGACUCACUUGUCACUGGAUGAGAAGCACAGGUUCGGAUCGGUGGGGAUUGCUAUUGCAGGAGCUGAGUGUAAGAUAGUCGACCUGGAGACCGGCAAGGACCUACCCGCAAACAGAGAGGGUGAGCUAUAUGUACGAGGACCAAGCUUGAUGAAAGGGUACCUGUCGAACCCUGUUGCCACGAGGGCCAUGAUUACCGAGGAUGGGUGGAUGAAGACAGGUGAUGUUGGCUAUGUUGAUGAUGACGGGUUUCUCUUCAUUGUUGACCGACUGAAGGAGCUCAUCAAAUACAAGGGAUUCCAGGUGGCGCCAGCUGAACUGGAGGACAUGCUGUUGAGUCACCCCGGCGUGGCAGAUGUCGGUGUCAUCGGUAUCCCGGAUGUGGAGGCAGGAGAGUUGCCCAAAGCGUUUGUUGUCAGGAAGCCGGGGUCAAGGACAACAGAACAAGAACUGCAAGAUUUUGUGAAAGGUAAAGUAUCAGGGACCAAAAGACUGAGGGGAGGAGUGACCUUUCUUCAAGAGAUUCCAAAGAGCGCCAGCGGCAAGAUCCUCAGAAGAAUACUUCGAGACAUGGAGAAAAACACUCGAUCAAAGUUGUAAAACGGGAACCAAGGACAAGGAGAAAAUCAAUGUUUAAACGGAAAACCUUUAACAAUGACAUCCCUUUGACAAUUCUAAUUAACAAAUUUUAACGUAUGUACUAAUAAUAUGUUUAAUUAUCUACGUAUUAUUAUUAAAUAAUGUGCCAUUUUUUAAGAACACACGUUCCCAUGGCAACAUAUAUUUAUAUUGGGACCACAUGAUUAAAUUGACAUUAUUAUAUUAUUAACAUUUGAAAUUAUGUAAAUUCAGUUAGUGAAAUGUAUAGGUACUGCUUAGCCUAUUGUCAUUUUGUUAGCAUUCUAACAAUCGGUACUUGUGCAUUAAGGAGAAUAUUAGUGAAAAAUGAUAAAUAUAUGAAUGUAGAAAUACCAUGGAGACCGAGCUAAGGACAAAUGUCAAGUGCACACCAAUCCAAUGACUGGUUUUAUAUUGAUGAUACGUGAUAGUAUUGUCUGAGUGGAAUGGCGAGUCAAAACCACAUCUCGAGUUAUCAAGCUAAUCGCGACGAGAGUGAAUGUCCGCACUAUAAAUGGAUAUAUGUUGCUUCUUGUGAUGAAGUCGACAGGUUUUGUGUUUGUUUUAAAGCAUGAUACUUGUAUAAAAGAACUAUCCUUAAUACAUUGUUUUACCAUGCUUCCAAGAAAUCAA